AUGCCGGGAGUUGACGGGCCCUCGGCUGGUAACGACCAGAACGGCCCGUCCCCAACGACGACCACAAAAGAUGCGCCGCCAGCUUCGAAACCAGCUGUCGAGCUCGACGACUUUGGAUUGCCGAUAAGAAAGUAUGUCCCGCCACCGGUUGAAAUGAGCGAGGGAAGCGAUGGCGGGGAUGUCGCAACAAGUGCGAAUGGAUCCAAGAGUCCACAGAUGGGCGCGACAACCGUGCAAGAUGACGGUCUGUGGCGCAUAGAGAAUGGAGGGAAGGCAGGUCAGUCUGUUGCGGGGUCCACAAAAGCAAAGUCGGACGGCAUUAGGAAUGGGGAAGAAUCCAGCAGCGACGAUGAGUUCAAGGAUGCUGUUUCCCAGCGGGGGGGCGUGGAUGAAAAGAAGAAGGAACCUGGUGCAUCGUCGGUCACAUUCUCAAAGGAGUUGGAGCAGAGCAGCAAAGCGACCCCAACAGGAGCACCAGCACAAACCUCCACCGGAUUCGAUUCCGAGCCUGCCGCUAUCAAGGGUGGAGAAGGAGAUUCAGAGAGGACGAAGAACGAGACAGUGGAUCAGGCUGUCCAGGAGACCAAGAAUCCACAAGGCCACCAGAGAAACAAGUCGAGCGUCGCAAACAUGCCCGCUGAAGCCUCAGAGUACUCGCAUCAGCAGCUCACUGCCAAGCAGCCUGAAAAGGUACAAGGUGACGACGAUGGGUGGCAAACCAUGCCUGCCUAUGCUCCGUAUGAUAUCUACGACGAUAAUAACAGGCUCAUCGCUAAGGAAUACCACGAAGAGGAUGACGACCAAAAAUACGGCUAUGGCAAUUUGGGUGGAGCUGGCAAAGGGUAUACCAAAGUCUUGGUAGACGACGAUGCCGAAUCUGCGACUAGCAUGGACGAGAACACACAGUACCUAUUUCAAGGCCGCGACGCCGCUGGAACCAGUAUCACGGAGGAUGAGGAAAACCAGCGCGACGCUGUCAGCCAGUUGCAAGCCACCAAGGAUUUGCUGACAGAGGGUCAGAGAAUCGCAUAUGUAGGCCUUACCAGACUGGAGCUCUCAGCCAUGGUCAAGACAGUGGAGGAGUCUAUCGGAGUCUCGUCCAAGAGCAAAAAGCAUGUCGCCACGGCUGCAGAGAGCAUGCAAAUGUGGAGCCAGAAGAUGAUGAUUCGACUGUAUUCGCACAUGGAUAUCAGUUCGGAUGAGCAGGUCAUGAUUGAACAGUUGAGCGCCCAUGGGGUCAUUCCAGCAGACUUGACGCCUGUUUUGAUGGCGAACGCUCGUGUGAAGAACCCAAUGGCGGAGGAGAAGGAGAAAUGGACGUCGACCAGCUCGAGGCCUUCCCGUGCUGCUUCGCUCGUCACCACCAACUCGGACGACACUGCAGAACCUCCACCGCCGUACUCGAGUAACAACGAAUCGGAGCUCGCUGAGCCUGUCCAGGUGCCCUCUCAGAUCUCGACGGCGCAAAAGAUUGAUAUCGACAUCAGGUGGACGGUUCUGUGUGAUCUGUUCCUUGUGCUGAUUGCGGACUCCAUCUACGAUUCGAGGGCCAGGGUGCUGCUGGAAAGGGUGGCGAAGGACUUGGAAAUCAGCUGGCUCGAUAUUUGCAGAUUCGAGAAGAAGGUGACGGAUGCGCUGGAAAUGCAACAGAGCGCUGAGAAGGAGAACUGGGAUGAAACAGAGCACAUGGAAAAUCGCCGGCAGCGCGCUUUGACAAAGCGCUAUGCCAUGAUGGGCCUUGCUACGGUUGGCGGCGGCUUGAUUAUUGGGUUAUCUGCGGGAUUGGCGGCUCCUAUGAUCGGUACCGGUCUAGCAGCGGGGUUUUCGGCGAUUGGUGUCAGUGGGACAACCGCGUUUCUUAGUGGCGUUGGAGGUGCUGCCAUCAUCACGUCGACUGCAGCGGCGUCGGGAAGCAUUGUUGGUGUCAGAGCUGCUAACCGGAGAACCGGAGCUGUCAAGACUUUCGAGUACAGACCGCUGAACAACAACAAAAGAGUGAACCUCAUCGUCACUGUCUCCGGAUGGAUGACGGGCAAGGUCGACGACGUCCGGUUGCCGUUUAGUACUGUAGACCCAGUCAUGGGUGAUAUAUACUCGGUGUUGUGGGAGCCGGAAAUGUUGACCAGUAUGGGUGACACCAUCAACAUUCUGGCAACAGAGGUCCUUGCCAGCACCUUCCUGGCAGUCCUGAUGUCUGGUCUCCAGAUCCCUGUCAUUCUCACCAAGCUCUCCUAUCUGAUCGACAACCCAUGGACCGUGUCUCUCGACCGUGCCAACAUGGCCGGUCUCAUUCUGGCAGAUUCGCUCAUUGACCGCAACUUGGGUACUCGUCCCGUGACACUGGUCGGGUACUCCCUCGGCAGCCGCGUCAUCUUCUCUUGCUUGAAGGAGCUUGCCAAAAAGGGCGCCUUCGGCCUGGUGCAAAAUGUCUACCUGUUUGGAAGCCCCAUCGUCGUCAACGCCGACGAGUACCUGCGGGCUCGCUCGGUGGUGUCAGGGCGCUUCGUCAGCGGAUACAACAGAAAUGACUGGAUUCUUGGGUACCUGUUCCGCCUGACCAACGGCGGCAUCAGGCGCGUCGCAGGGCUGGCGCCGAUUGAGGGCAUCCCUGGGCUUGAAAACAUGGAUGUGUCUGAAUGGGUUGUCGGACAUAUGGAUUAUCGUACCGCUAUGCCCCGUUUGCUUCGUGAGUGCGGGUGGUUGGUGGAGAGCGACGAGUUCACCGAAAUCGAAGACCCAGACCCGGAUAACCACCAGGAACGGCAGCGCGAGCUCAUCAACGAGAUCGAGGAGGCGAGAAAAGAGCUGGAGAGGGAGGGGAAGUCGAAUGAGAAGAAGAGUCGGUUUAGCUUGUUUGGCAGGAAGCAGAAGCUGCAGAAACAGGAGUGGGAGGUGUAUGAGGAUUCUUCCAAGACGGGUGGUGCCAAGUCUAGCGGCAAGACGGAGGACAAGGAGGGGAAUAACCAUGGAGUGUUGUUUGACGUGGACGCUAUUCGUGCCGAGCUGGCUAAGGAGGCGGCCAGCAGCAAGCAGAAUGGUCAGAGCGUGGAUGAGGAGGUGCUGCAGGUGAAGGAGAUUAAGAGUACGCUGCCGCCUAUGAAGCUGGAUUCGUCACGGACUAGGGGGGGCAGUUUGAGGGAGAGCAAGAGUUAUGAUGCUGUUCCGUCUGGGUUUGGGUCUCCGAGCAGGAAUGGGGGAUCGGAUGAGUACCGCUCGGCGGCAUCACCACCGGCGUAUCAGGGGUACUCUAGCACCUCUGUGGGCGGCGGCAAGCAAGACAGUGGCUAUUACCCGGCGUAUGGUGGCGGUGGUGGAUUUGGGGACCAUGAUGAUGGGAUACAAAUGAAGUUUGAUACUGGGAUUGAUGAUCGCAAGUCUUCCUCGACGACGGCGGCAAUAACAACAACAACAACAACAUCAACGUCAACGAGUAGGGGAAUGGACUACAGCGGCAUCAAUAAUAACAACAGUCAUGAGCCACCCCGCCCGGAACUGAGAGGCUCGCAAACCCUCCCGAAUAUCGCGUUGGCGGAUCCCUGGGCGGACUACGAGGACGAUGAUUUUGGGAAGGAGAAGGAGAUUGAGAUGACUUUUGCGUAG